CAUUACUGCUAAGCAGGGGUCUUUUGGGGGAACAACGGACUACGUCUUCAACGAAUCUUUGCCGGGCGUCAUCGAAGUUGGUACGCUCAAAAUUGUCCUCGAGCUCGCCCGACGGAGGCGAAGCCCGUUCCUCGACGACCUUCCUUCACAAGUGUGGCGGAGACCGCUGAGACGUAUCAUGUCUUCGAUACGAUGGCGAUCGCGCACAAUUGCAUGAGUUUCAGUGUUGCGCUCAAAGAUAACCCGCUUGAAUCCAUGCCCUACGCCUUCUGCCACCGCUAUAUCGAGCUUCUCAACCGGGCCGCUCCGUUUUCCGUCUAUUAGCCCGCGAGCGUGGUUUUCAUGAGCCCUCGCGUGCCCGCCUCGGUCGUAGCGUUGGUCCAUCACACCGACGCUUUCCGCCACAUCCCUCUCAUAAACUCCGUGAUCCGGCCUGUCGACGACCACCGCGUCUGCGACAAGUGGCCGCAAAUCCUCGACGCGCUGCACCUAACGGUGCUUGAGCGCGGCUGCGUGCCGCUCGCGGCGGUUAUGAAAAACCUACUCAACGGCACCGACAAGACUGCGAAGUCUGAGUCGUGCGACCGGAAGAAGGGAACAAGACGCUGUGCAAUAUCCAGGUGAAGGAGUGGAAGAACUUGUAGACGAAGAAGGCACGAGAAGUUCUGCCCCUGUCGAGCUUCAUGACCGGCUAGGUAAACAUGUGUCAAUCAAUCGCAUCUCGAAUCGCUCUCGACCUUU